AUGUUUUCUCUUCGAAUCAGUUUUCUUGUGAUUUUCAUCUUUCAUUUCGUUGAAUCGCGACAUUUCCUUGGCGGAACGAUAUCUUGGAAAGUGUUAAAUAACGAAAAUCGAACAAAUUCCAGUGUACCUGUUACAUUCACGCAAUCUUAUCAAUGGAAAGAAUCGGCCACCUAUUGUAAUCAAUCUCUUAUCUUCGUUUAUCCACCUGUAUCCGCAAAUCCGGAUAUUCUCCAAUGCGUCAGUCCAACUAGUUUGUGCGGUGGUUACACAACGUUGAGUACACAAGGAUAUUGCAUGGAUUCAAGUCUGAUCUCUGAUACACGAUCAAGUUAUAUCCUUCAUACAGAAAAUAUAACUGUCGGAUCGAAGUUUUGUGUUGCGUUUCAAAAUAUAAACUGGAUGGUAUUGCAAGGUCCAUCAUGUACCACAUCUUGUCCGUUGUCAAGUGCAGGAUGGUCAAUCGGUUCUUGUAUUGAUUUGACAAUUCGACCAAAUGGAUUUAUCAAUACAUCACCUGUUGCAAAUAUGAUUUCUCCGGCCAAAGUUCCAGUGAAUAGCAUGACGAAUAUAAAAAUUCCUGUUCUUGAUGCUGACAAUGAUAUUCUACGCUGCCGUUGGGCGAAGAAGUCGUCGGCAUUGGAUGAAUGCGGUGAUGUUUGUGGUAAAAUAUUGGGAAGUCAACUUGAUCGUGACAACUGUGUAUUAUCAUUCAAUAGCACAGGGAAAACUGUUGGGGAUUUCUAUGCAGUAACUUUAAUGGUGGAAGAUUUUGCUAAUGCUACUUCGAACACAUCAUUGAGUAGUGUCCCAAUACAGUUCCUGAUUGAAAUUGUCGCUCCACCUCUGUGUGUAUCGAAACCGAUGAUUAGUUUGAAUAUUUCACAAUGUGUUGCUAUUCAAGUCGGAAUGAGAUACAAUUUUACUGUAAUAAUUGAUCAAGGAUGUCCAAAUACAUCAGUAGCUGACUUGAUCACAGCAUCACCAUUAUACAUGUCGAAAAGUAGUCCUGUACAAAUAGGAUCGAACAAUCGGUGGUCAGUUUCACAUACUUGGAUACCAACUGCGGAACAGAUCGGUUCACAAGUCUAUUGUGCUAUGGCAAUUGAUAGUAUUAAUAUGACAUCGGACCAAUUAUGCGCUGCAUUCACAGUGGUCGAUACAAACCAAAAUCUUCUCUGUCCUGGCGAAACAACAACAAGUACAUCUACAAGUAGUAGUAGUAGUAGUAGUAGUACGUCGACGAGUACAUCCACAAGCAGUAGUUCAUCAACAAGCACAGCGACCUCAACAACUUCAAUCACAUCUACUGAUGAUUCUCGAUUACUGCUAUUAGGUCUCGGAUUAGGUAUACCUGUGUUAGCAUUAUUGUUGGGUUUGAUUGUGUAUUGUUGUUGUUGUUGUUGUCCGGAACAAUGUAAUCUUCUACGUGGAAGAUGUCGUCGACGAUUUCGUAAUCGUACGGAAGACAUUCAAAAUGAAAUGUUCAUUGAUCAGCGCAAUGAAAAUUCCUCUGACUAUCGUAGUUUAUAUAUUAAUGAUAGAAAUCCUUCCCCGGUUGCCAGCGAACUUCCAAGUGAUUAUUCUUCGCAUAGAAAUGCAAAUACUUCGAUUUUAGUUGAAGCAUAUAGAACACAGACGAAUCAAAGAACAAUUCAUAAUAUGACCAAGCAUGAUACAAUGUGA